AUGAACCUCCAGCGUGUGCCUUACAUCUGCUCUCAAUGCACGGCGCAGAUCAGCCGCUCUCCACUUCGCCGCUCGCCGCAUCGUCUUUUGCCGCAGUCAACUGCUGGCAAAAGUGAACGAUGCUGUGGUAGAUAUGUACGAAAAAUUGCCCGUGCCCUUCGGCUGGUGCGGCAUGGGGUAGCGCCAGACCAUCCGGAAGUCAAGAAUUGUGAGGAGAAAUUCACUGAAGUUGCCUCAUCUCCCCGGUUCAACUUCAUUGGCAAUAUUGAACUCGGCGAGAAUCUCCCUCUACAAGCGCUUAAGCCUCAUUAUGACGCUAUCUUAUUCGCAUAUGGAGCUCCAAAGGAUAAGGAACUGGGUAUUCCCGGAGAGAAUGCUUGUCGAAAUGUAUACUCAGCUCGCGAAUUUGUCGGAUGGUACAACGGACUUCCCGAGCACCGUGACCUAGCACCUGACCUGACAGCCGGUGAAAAUGCAGUGAUUAUCGGCCAGGGCAACGUUGCGCUAGAUGUAGCAAGAAUCCUUCUGACGGAUGUGGAUGCCUUGCGCAAGACUGACAUAACGGACUAUGCUAUAGAGGCAUUGGCUAAGAGCAAGAUCAAGCGAGUUCACGUAGUUGGCCGUCGAGGGCCGAUGCAGGCUGCAUUCACAAUCAAGGAGCUUCGUGAGUUGCUCCAGUUACCGGGCGUGUCGUUCGAUCCAGUUCGUAAGGAGUUAUUCCCACCAGACGAUGUCAUGAAUGCCCUCCCUAGAGCCCAGAAACGGCUCAUCCAACUACUCGCAAAGGGAUCCAGUAACGAUCCAGCAACAUCCACCAAGUCCUGGUCUCUAGAUUUCCUGCUCUCGCCAGAGUGCCUCAACUGGUCCCCAGUCCACCCAUAUCGCCUGUCACACGUCAAAUUCUCCCGCAAUGAGUUAGACCCGGCGGAUCCAUAUAUUACUAGCGCAAAGGUGUCGCCCAAGUAUCUUUCCAGCGGCUUGCGAGCGCAGGUCAACAUUCCCGCCAAUACAUUCUUCCGAAGUGUUGGAUACAAAUCACUACCUUUGCCUGGACUAGAAGACCUGGGGAUUCAGUUCGACACGAAGCGCGGUGUCAUCCCCAACGACGGAUUUGGUAGAGUCACGAGCCCCACGAAUACAGGUAACAACGAACAGCUCCCUGAUGGGUCAGUUAUCUCACACCUACCGGGUCUCUACUGCGCUGGCUGGGUCAAGCGUGGACCCACCGGCGUUAUCGCAACAACCAUGACGGAUGCAUUUACGACGGCAGAUGUGGUGGCGGCUGAUUUGAGCAGCCACCGAGGCAAGGGGUCUCUUUUGAAUGGCCCCGGCCACAGCACCGGUCUCGGUUGGGAGGGAGUACGCCCUGAGGCCGAGAAGCGUGGCUUGCAGGCAACAACCUGGGAGAAUUGGCAGCGUAUUGAUGCUGCCGAGCGCGAGCGGGGCCAGCAGAUCGGUAAACUCCGUUCUAAAUUCGGUAGAGUGGAAGAGAUGCUGGAAGCUGCACAGUAA